UAAAUAACAUACUAACGGUCAAUUGAAUAUAUGAUUAUUUGUAUUUUUUAUAUAAAGCUACUUUAUUUAAUUGGUAACCGAGAACAUUAUUGUAGAAUUUAUUUUUUAUAGCAAUUAUAUAUAGACAUGUUAACUUGUCAACGUUCACUUGGCGUUUUUCGAAGUCGCACAAACGAAUCAUGAUUCAAGCUCUCGCACUGAUUCUUCUCCCUCUCAUUGUUUCAUACGUUUUGUCGAUUGUUUACUGGAACCGGAAAUCUGGAAGCAGCAAAAUCAAUCUUCCACCAGGAAGUUUCGGAUGGCCAUUUAUCGGAGAAACUCUAUCACUUCUCGGUGCAGCUUUGAACGGAACUCCGGAGAGAUUCGUUCGUGAGCGGAUCAAGAAACACCGCAGUCCUUUAGUAUUCAAGACGUCGUUGCUCGGUGACAGUAUCGCGGUGUUAUGUGGUCCUGCCGGCAACAAAUUCCUUUUCGGAAACGAGAACAAGCUGGUGGCGUUGUGGUGGCCGUCGCCGGUGACGAAGCUUUUCGGCAGAUGCUUGAUUACGAUUCGUGGCGAUGAAGCAAAGUGGAUGAGAAAGAUUAUGUUAUCGUAUCUUGGUCCUGAUGCUUUCGCUAGUCAUUAUGCUGCCACCAUGGACAUCGUCACCCGUCGCCAUAUCCAAGUUCACUGGCGAGGUAAGGAGGAGGUGAACGUAUACAAAACUGUUAAGUUAUUUGCUUUUGAGCUCGCAUGUCGUUUAUUUCUGAGCCUUGAAGAGCCAAACCACAUUGAAAAACUCGGUUCCUUGUUCUACGUGUUCUUGAAAGGCGUCGGAGCGUUACCAUUGAACUUUCCAGGAACACGAUUUUAUAGGUCGAAGAAGUUAGCAGAAGCUAUUAGGAAAGAACUUAUGGUGAUCAUCAAAGAGAGAAGGGUGGCACUGAAAGAAGGAAAGGCGUCGUCUUCACAAGAUCUCCUGUCACAUUUUCUUACAUCUUGUGAUGAAAAUGGCAGGUUUUUAACUGAGAUGGAUAUUGUAAACAAUAUCUUGUUACUACUAUUUGCUGGACAUGACACCUCCACUAUAUCUAUCACGUUGAUCAUCAAGAGUCUUGGUGAAUACCCUGAUGUUUAUGACAAGGUGUUGAAAGAGCAAUUGGAAAUUUCAAAGGGAAAAGCAACAGGUGAAAUGUUGAGAUGGGAGGACAUACAGAAGAUGAGAUACUCUUGGAAUGUUGCUUCUGAAGUCAUGAGAAUAACUCCUCCCGCUGGUGGAUCAUUUAGAGAGGCCCUGGUGGAUUUUGAGUACGGAGGUUAUACCAUUCCAAAAGGAUGGAAGCUAUAUUGGAGUGCUGUAACGACACAUAGAGACGACGCAAACUUUCAAGAUGCGACACACUUUGAUCCGUCGAGGUUUGAAGGUGUAGGACCCACUCCAUUCACAUAUGUUCCGUUUGGAGGGGGUCCUAGGAUGUGUGUAGGGAAAGAAUUUGCACGAGUGGAAAUACUUGUGUUCCUUCACAACAUCGUCACCAAUUUCAAAUGGGACUUGUUAGUACCUAAUGAGAAAAUCGAAUAUGAUCCCAUGGCUACACCAAUAAAGGGGCUUCCUAUUCGUCUCCAUCCUCAUCAAGCAUGAAUGUAUGUUGUAAACUUCAAAUUUUACGUGUUACAAAUUGUAAAGUUCUAAGCAAUGGUUAUAACUGUUUUAUUUUUUACCGCUGGAUGGAAGGACAUCAAAUGCAUCAUUAAACCUCUUUCUAAAUCAAUAAUUACUCGAAGUUAGGCUUUGCGGUAUCGAGUACAUUUCCACGCAUAGGAGCUGAGUUGGCAAGCCAACCUACGCCUGAACACCACUCCAAACGCGCAUAGGAAACUUGUGGCGUAGCCACAUCUACGGACGAAGACAAC